AUGCGCCUCCUUGCCACCGACACCGGGCUCAUGUCCGAAUUCACAGACCCGACUGAAGUCAAGUAUGCCAUCCUCUCUCACGUUUGGGCCAGGAAGACGAGCGACAACGACACAUCCUACGGGCCAGAACUCACCUAUGACGACUACAUCCGCAUUCGCACAAAGCAGGGCAACAAACCCAUCUUGAAGAAACUUCCUUCGAAAGUACGACGCUCUUGUGAGGUUGCCAAACGUCACGGCAUCUCCUUCAUCUGGAUCGACACCUGCUGCAUCAACAAGUCAAGCAGCUCCGAGCUUUCGGAGGCGAUCAACUCCAUGUAUCGAUGGUACAGCCUCGCGCAAGUCUGCUACGCCUAUCUCUACGACGUCGACCACGCCAAGACCAAGUUCCACGAUAGCGAAUGGUUCGAACGCGGGUGGACGCUGCAAGAACUCAUUGCGCCCCCAGUAGUCCUCUUCUUUGACAGCGAAUGGCAGAUGAUCGGAUCGCGCUACGACCUCUCGGACGAAAUCCAGUCGAUCACCAACAUAGACCGCGCCGUCCUCCGGAAGGAGCGCCAGAUUUCCGACGUCUGUGUCGCUCAACGCAUGUCGUGGGCGGCAUCCCGGAAGACGACACGCGAGGAGGACAAAGCGUACUGCUUGGUUGGAAUCUUUGACGUCCAUCUCCCCCCCUCUACGGCGAACGCGAAUACGCCUUUAUCCGCCUCCAAGAGGCCAUCCUCGCGAAGAUACCCGAUCAGAGCAUCCUGGCUUGGGGCCUGA